GCGUUUUUCGUGAAGAGAGGUAAAAUGGCACGGCCCCCUAAGCUGACAGCCAAGCGGACGCCGCGCCGCUAGUGCGCCUGCUCGCUGGUAGGCAGAGCAGAGGGGAGCAUCCUGCUCAGGGCUCCUCUCAGGUCUCUUGUGUCAUUGAUUUGCAAUGCGUUACUGUCCGGCUUGUUCGCUUCGGCUUCAACGUACUGCUCGGGCUUGUUUUUUGGAGUGACAGCUCUACGGGAUUUGUACAACCUUUUUCGCGAGUGGAGGAAGAAUGAAAAGAGGAGAUCGAAAGUCUGCCCUGGUGAAAGAAGGCCAUCGCAGCAAAAGCACAUGGACAAGUUGGACCCCGUGCAGAGUUAAACUUUAAGGUUCACAUCCAGGAUUAACUGUUUGCUGUGGACUGCAGCGCCCCGAUCGAAUGAACCUCCCCUGUGUAUUUCGCAAUAAUGCCUUUACCAGACUUUGACAUGAAGAAAAAUAUUGAGACAAUAAUCGCUCAAGAACGAGCCGAGAUCAUUGAGAAAUAUGACAAGGGUAGACAUGAAGGUGCCCAGAUUGACCCCUGGGAAGACGCGGACUUCACCAUCUACAAAGUCACGGACCGUUUUGGCUUCCUCCAUGAGGAGGAGCUGCCCACACCAAGCGCCUUUGAGGAGAAGCAAAAACAACAAGAGGUCGAAAGAGUGGACAAGUGGCUGAAAAUGUUGAAGAAAUGGGAAAAAUACAGGAACAGUGAGAAGAUGAUGAGAAGAGUUUACAAAGGAAUUCCACUGCACCUUCGGGGUCAAGUCUGGUCAAUGUUACUGGAUGUGGAGAGACUGAAAGCUGAAAAUGAAGGGAAAUACGAGAAAAUGAAGCAGCAAGCCAGAAGCUUCUCCACAGAGAUCAAGCAGAUCGAUCUGGAUGUCAACCGUACCUUCCGCAACCACAUCAUGUUUAGGGAUCGCUUUGGAGUGAAGCAGCAGGCUCUGUUCCACGUUCUGGCAGCAUAUUCUGUUUAUAACACUGAGGUGAGCUACUGCCAAGGAAUGAGCCAGAUAGCAGCCAUAUUACUCAUGUAUUUAAAUGAAGAAGAUGCUUUCUGGGCACUCUCCCAGCUUCUCACCAACCAGAAGCAUGCAAUGCAUGGAUUCUUUAUUCCCGGAUUUCCAAAACUCCAGAGGUUUCAAGCACAUCACGACCAAAUAUUAUCAAAGCUGAUCCCCAAGCUAAAGAAGCACAUGGAUAAGGAACAGAUGACGACAGGAAUUUAUACCACUAAGUGGUUCCUGCAGUGUUUCAUUGAUCGGACCCCUUUCACGUUAACGUUACGAUUAUGGGACAUCUACAUCUUGGAAGGAGAGAGGAUUCUGACAGCAAUGGCCUACACCAUCCUAAAACUGCACAAAAAGCAAUUAUUGAAGAUGUCACUGGAAGACCUCAGAGAAUUCCUUCAAGAGACGAUAUCGAGAUCCUUCUGUCUUAACGACGAUACCAUGGUGGAGCAGCUCCAAACAUCGAUGUCUGAGUUGCGGAAAAUGAAACUGGAACUACCACCUCCAGCCAAACCUGAUGAGUUUCCCAAGGAGAAGCUUGGCGUAGAGCGUUCCAUCACUCUGGUACCAAUAGAACCCCCCCAGCCUGCCAACGGAAACAAGAAGCCUGCCCGAGCAGAGUCUGUCGAUCUCCAGAUUGAAGUAGCCGAGGAGAAAUCACCAGCGUCUGAGAGCACAGUUGCGCCCGAUCACAUUGUGACAGUACCCUCUCCGGAGCCCGUUUUGGUCCACGCACCUGAAGUGCAGAGCAAUGCUUCUCCAGAACUGUCCCAUUCUUCCAGUCCUGAAAGUGGUGAGGAUGGUACAUCACAGGCCGAACUGGAAGUGAUGGAAGAACCCGUCAGUGAGUUACAAGUUGAAGCCUCUUCUCCGACAAACGAGCACAGCAGUGAAAAGAAGGAAGUAAACGGCAAAGAUCCCAUCUCAGAGGUCGUCCCUCUCAGUUCUUUAGACAUUUGCAUCCAGCCAGAAGAAAUGUUCAUUUUGGCACCAUUGCCCAGACAAAGGAAUAAUAUGGAGAGGAGUGCUGGUGUGGAUAAACAGCAGGAAAUGAGUGAAUGGCCUCCACCGUAUGACCCCUUGAUGAACGAACAAAAUUUUACAACAUUGGAGAAAGCUGAAUUCAUAGAAUCGAAUGUACAGGAAAGUGAAAACGUCGACCAGCACUUUGAUCUGCUGCCACCACCACCACCACCGGUGGAGGAUCUUCAACAGUUUUCACAGGGCCCUGAUUGCUCGUUGUCAAAUACGGAUUUACUUCAAAAGAAUAUGCCUUUCUUGGAGGAGCCACCUCCUCCACUAGAUGCGGCUGCCCUUGCGGUAGACAUACCAUUUCCUUCUUAUGUGCCAGAGGAUAAUAUGGAUACUCUUGAGCUGAUGGAACACCUGGGUGAAAGACGACCAUCCAAUAUGUCCCAGUAUGACAACUUGCUUGUAGGGAACAUGGAUGAUAAGUGCAUGGCCCCCGCUGAUCCCACGGCUAUUCCGUCACAAACCGUACCUCAGUUUCCAGGCCCAGAACCCAGAACAUCUGAAAUUCCAAGCUCUCUUCCCUGUGGCUCGGACACACCAGAACUUUUAAAGAACGAUUUGCCAUCUUCUCCUCCUCUACAUGUGCCAUAUUUUGUACCUCAUCAAGUUGUAACAACUUCGCUCGCCACAGUCAUUGCAAUAUGUGAAAGCGACCAGCCUCUCGAAUGUGAAACGCAGGAGAGUAGACAUUUUUUACCAAGCCAAUGUUUAGAAAGUAAGAAAACCGUCACACACUAUGAGCUGGUCGAGUCCAACUCUCAGGACCACAAGGCCGGUGCCGGACUUUACCAGCUCUCACACCAAAAACAGACGGUGCCUCCAAUUCUGGAUGACGGUAACUUCAUUAGGAGUUGCCAAGAAUCAUCAGAUCAGAGGUUUGUAUCUGAUGGAGGGCCCUCGGACGGCCACAGGCUCAUUUCAGAGGCGUUAAUACGGACAUCGCCUGUGGUGGUGAGAGCCUCAGCCAUCCCUCCAGCAAUACCACCAAAACAAAGGAGACCAAAGCCCCCUCCGAGUAUCUCCUCGACACAUUCAGAUACGGAUUUCUACCGGGCGCACUCGACGACUGCGCCACUUCCAAAGUCAAUAACGUUUUAAGAGUUCGCGUAUUUAAUCGUUUCGUUUCAAGGAAAACUGCUGUGACCCAUUUAUAACGUACUUUUUAAAGUAAUGGCUUUGACCGAUUUUAGUGCACAGCAAAAGCUUAAUAUAAUAGCAGCAAAUGUUUUUAACAUUGUUUUUUUUUUUUGUAAUUAUCAGACAUUUUACAUUCAGACUGAAUUUUACAUUUCAAUUUUUAGACCUUUACGGACCGUUGCAUUCAUACCAGCACUUCAGUGUGUUCCUCGUCGUAAUUCGAGUUGCAACUUUGUGAUCGGAUUGACGCUCCAUUUUUUUUUUUUUUUUAAUGUAAGAACUGUUUUUGUUCUAUUUAUAUACAGAUAUAUAUUUAUAAAAUGCAACAGAACUUGUUUUUUUUUUUUAAAAGCUUCAAACGUAAUAUAAAGUGGUGGAAAGGGAAAACAUCGAAAUGUGCUAACUGAACCAGCGCUAUUAAGAGGAAAUAACGUUUUUGUGGGGUUUUAUAUUGUGGGUCAGAAGUGAGCACCAUUUUCAACUGUCACCGUUUACGCCUUUGCUGCUUCAUCGUAAACGCGAUCACUUUAUGAAGCACUGGCGCUCUUACAAUAUGGAGUGGGACGACGGUUUGAGGGGCUCCUGGGUUUUAGUAGCUGAGGGGCAGAUGCUCCCGUCUGGAAUUGAAAUCAGGUGAAGCCGACCUCGUGCUCAGUGAUACCUUUAAUGUUCAUCACCAGAGUGUGGGGCUUUACUCCGAGUUCGACCAGACCCGACCAGACAGCAGGGGGUAAACCUGAGCAGAAUUUGGGUUUGCAAAAACGGGCUUCAUUCUGCUCACAGAUCUCCUUGAUUAUGGUAUCAUGUAGUAGGUAAUCGCUCUCUCACUAUAUACUGUAAGAGAAAAGGCAGACCACGUUAAAGAGUUGGGGCUUCACCCUGAUGACCCCGUAUCAUUGGAAUGCAGCAAUACAAAAGAAAAUAAACUAUGAUUGAGUUCCAAAGUCCUUCUGAUCAGGAAGAGUCGGGUCUAGGCAGCCGGACACCGGACGUGACGUCAGAGGUGGUACAGCUGUCAGUCAUCUGGUCUGCAGAGGUCGGAAGAGAAAAAAGCAUUAGAACACAGCGCCACCCCUGGAGCCAAGGGGAAUUACAAUCACCAGAGCCCUUAAGCUGUCCCCUGUGCUUAGGCACGUGACAUAAGAACUUUAACAGACAAGAGGAGACCAUUCAGUCCAUAAAGCCUGUGUGUUUAGCUUAUAACUAAUGCAGAUUUCUGUAUCAGCUCCAUGUCUCGGUAGUUUGUCCUAGAGCCCCACAACUCUCUGAGUAAAGAAGAGCUUC